CAUGUGAUCCUACAGCUGAUUUCCUUGGGUUGAGUGAGUGAGUGAGUGAGUGAGUGUACGUACUGUAUGUAUGUGUUUUGUGUUCUGUGUGGGAUAAUGACCCACUGAUCAUCAAACCUAACAUUUUGGUAAGCUAUGGCUCAGGCAUCUCAGAUCAGCGCCCUGGAGCUCAACUGCCCCAUCAAUGUGGAACACGACAGGAAACGGCGGCAGUUUACUGUAAGAUUAAACGGCUCCCAUGAUCGUGCUGUGUUGUUGUAUGAAUACAUCGGAAAGAAGACCGUGGAUCUCCAGCACACCGAGGUCCCUGAUGCCUAUAGAGGUCGAGGGAUCGCAAAGCAUCUGGCAAAGGCAGCCAUGGAUUUUGUAGUUGAAGAAGACCUGAAGGCUCACCUAACCUGCUGGUAUAUUCAGAAGUUUGUGAAGGAGAACCCACAGCCUCAAUACCUGGAGCGUGUUUUCCAUUGAUACAGUGGUGCGGGGGUUGGGGUUGGGGUUGGAGUAUAGUGUAUUCAUGGAGCAUGGGAAACCCACACCCUAUUUAUUUAUCAAUUCCUUUGAGCUAUGCUUGCAUGUCUUGGUUCAGAUGCCGACGCUGAUCCAUGAUUGAGCUUUGCGGGAGUGAUUCGAGGAAUACAUGCAGACAAGUUUAACUUGGAAAUAAAGAAACCCGAAGAUCCUUUAAAGGGCUGUAGCUGUAAGAACCCACUGCAGGGCUUGUAGAUGCAAGUUCCUCCAUUACCAGUCAUCUAACAGUCUCAAUUCAAUAUUUAAUAGAGUUUACAGUAAAGAACAAAAUUGUAUCCAUCUGUCCUUGGCAGCGCUCUGAAAGGCCAUAUUUCCAACUUGACCCUAGGCCUUAUUAUCACAGUGCAAAGGAAAGGUUCUCCAGUCAAUCAGAUGUCACUUCCUGAAGAGGAACUGAUUUAACCCUCUUUAUUGAGAUCAGUUUGCCUUAAGAA